AUGAAAUGUCCACUUAAUCACUUCUUCCUCUUACCCAGCCUAAGCUUUAUUGACUUCUGCCUUUCCUCGGUAACCACCCCCAAACUGAUAACUGACCUCCUAAAAGAUAACAAGACCAUUUCCUUCGGGGGCUGCAUGAGCCAGAUCCUCUGUGUGCACUUCUUUGGAGGAGGUGAGAUGGUGCUUCUUGUAACAAUGGCCUAUGACCGGUAUGUGGCCAUCUGCAGGCCACUCCACUAUAGCAGCAUCAUGGACAGACAGAAGUGCAUCUGGCUCGUUGUGAUAUCAUGGACCAUUGGCUUUAUACAUGCCAUGAGCCAACUGAUUCUGGUUUUGGAACUACCUUUCUGUGGACCUAGAGUGAUAGACAGCUUUUUCUGUGAUAUUCCUUUGGUGAUGAAAUUAGCCUGCAUGAAUACUGAUACUCUGGAAAUUCUAAUAAAUGCUGACAGUGGUGUUUUGGCAACAACUUGUUUCAUCCUCGUACUGAUAUCUUAUACUUACAUUUUAUUAACUGUUCAACUUCACUCUAAAGAUGGCUCAUCAAAGGCCCUAUCUACAUGCACAUCCCAUAUCAUAGUGGUUCUGCUGUUCUUUGGGCCAGUCAUUUUCAUCUAUCUGUGGCCAGUUAGCAUCACCUGGGUUGACAAGUUUCUUGCUGUAUUUUACUCAGUGAUCACACCUCUCCUUAAUCCAGCCAUCUACACACUGAGAAAUAAAGAUAUUAAAAAUGCCAUAAAAAAGCUGAUAAAUCACAUGUGA